ACAUUUGUUAUGGCUGGAUGGGAGGGUGCAGCACAUGAUACACGUAUUUUCUUAGAUGCUACCCGUCGACAAUCUGUCAACUUUCCAAAACCACCACCAGGAAAAUAUUAUUUAGUUGAUGCUGGAUACCCCUUAAGGAAAGGAUACUUGCCACCUUAUAAGGGACAGAGGUAUCAUCUUUCAGAUUUUCGACGAGCUGGUCGAGGGAAUCACAUAGAAGAGAGGUUUAAUUAUGUUCACUCAUCACUUAGAAGUGCAAUUGAGCGAACAUUUGGAGUUUGGAAGAAUAAAUGGAAAAUUUUGAAGCAAAUGCCACCUUAUGACAUUAAGCACCAAAGAAACAUUAUAGUUGCUACUUGUGUUUUGCAUAAUUUUAUCAGAAAACAUGAUAGGGAAGAUGAGGGAUUCAAUUGGGAUGAACAUGACUUGGACAGACCAAGAAGCAAUAGUAGUGGAGAAGGUAGUAGCAGACAAGCAAACGUUGAAAAUAUACAAGAUGAGGAGAUGAAAUUUGUUCGUGACAAAAUAGCUCGAUCCAUUUGUGGGUUGUAAACAAUAUUUUUAUUAUUUCU